AACAAGAUUAUCCUGUGAGAAAGCAUUAGCUCAUCCCUGGAUAGCCUUAUUUGACGACUCAAACUCCAGAUCAACCAAAUCCCUAAAUAAAGAGAAGAUGAGAAGGUUCCUGGCCCGACAGAAAUGGAAGAAAGCUGGUAAAGCCCUGCUCGCACUAACAAGGAUGGCUCGCUGGAGCAAAUCUGAUGGACAGCCGUCUCCCAUUUCUGUAGAUGCGAAUGCUCUGGGGAAAGAGGCCGAGCAAGCUGUGGCAUCUCUGGAAAAUCAGUUGUGGAGUGAACCACGUUUCCAUCAAGCCCUGCAUGACCUCACUGAGGGCUGCGGAGCCACUGUGCACCUGGCCUGUACAAUACAAGGAUAUCCGGACCCUGAAGUGCUUUGGCUGUUUGAUGAAGUGCCGCUGGAGAAAAACGGACGAGUUCAGAUGAAUUCUGAUCAGAAUGGCACUUGCACACUCACCCUUGCUCAAGUGCAACCAGGGGAUUCUGGGAUCUACAAAUGCUGUGCAUCCAACAGUCUGGGACAGGCGCUGUGCUCUGCCAAACUCACCGUGCAACUCUAGAACACCAACUCUACAAUGUUAAGCUUGAAGAAAACAGGAUUUUUAAAGCGAACUUCAGGAACCAUGUGCAAAAAUUAUGGUGAAACAAAAGUACUUUCAAACUAUCCACAUGUUUGACGUCACUAGAAGCAGUUGUAAUUCACUAUUUCUGAAUUGUUCUGUUGUUGGUUUUUAAAUCACAAUUUACUCCAGGCACGUUAUAGUUUCAAGUUCAAUUUCGAUCACUUUUCCCUGGUGUUAAGUUUUAGCCAUCAUUUACUAAUUGAGACGGAGCAUUGUGUUUUUCUACUGAACCUGGGCAUGGUUUAAUUUAGAAAACAGGAUUUUUUUUUUUUAAGCGAACUUUAGGAACCAUGUGCAAAAAUGAUGGUGAAACAACAAAAGUACUUUCAAACUAUCCACAUGUUUGACGUCACUAGAAGCAGUUGUAAUUCACUAUUUCUGAAUUGUUCUGUUGUUGGUUU